AUGAAACGAGGACACUCCGAAUCUCCCUCCAGCUCUGCUCCUCCUCCUUCCUCCAGAUUCAAAUCAAAUCCCGAAGGUGAUUCUCAGUUUCUGGAAGAUGAGAGCACAAAGAAUUUCGCGAGGAAGGUAGCUGAUCAUUACAGUAGGAGAACAAACCAAACGUUGGAAGAGCGAGAAGCUAGUCCCAUCAUUCAUUUGAAGAAACUUAACAACUGGAUUAAAAGUGUGUUGAUCCAGCUUUAUGCUCGUCCUGACGAUGCUGUUCUUGAUCUUGCCUGUGGGAAGGGUGGUGAUUUGAUAAAGUGGGAUAAGGCGAGGAUCGGGUACUAUGUUGGAAUCGAUAUAGCUGAAGGGUCGAUUGAAGAUUGUCGAACGCGUUAUAAUGGUGACGCAGACCAUCAUCAACGCCGUAAAAAGUUCAGUUUUCCAUCCCGUUUACUAUGUGGGGAUUGUUUUGAGGUAGAGCUAGACAAGAUUCUUGAAGAGGAUGCUCCUUUUGAUAUCUGCAGUUGCCAGUUUGCUAUGCAUUACUCAUGGACAACUGAGGCACGUGCACGGCGAGCUUUAGCAAAUGUUUCAGCUUUACUUCGUCCUGGAGGCGUCUUUAUCGGAACAAUGCCAGAUGCCAAUGUUAUUAUCAAAAAACUCAGAGAAGCUGAAGGUUUGGAGAUUGGUAAUAGUGUAUACUGGAUUCGUUUUGGUGAAGAACACUCCCAAAAGAAGUUCAAAUCUAGCAGCCCCUUUGGUAUCGAAUACGUAUUUCAUCUUGAGGAUGCUGUUGAUUGUCCUGAAUGGAUUGUUCCCUUUAACGUCUUCAAGUCUUUAGCCGAAGAGUAUGAUUUAGAGUUGGUAUUUGUGAAGAACUCACACGAGUUUGUCCAUGAGUAUAUGAAAAAGCCAGAGUUUGUAGAACUCAUGAGAAGGCUUGGUGCUUUGGGUGAUGGUAACCAUGAUCAAAGCACAUUAUCAGCUGAUGAAUGGGAAGCUGCAUAUCUAUACCUCUCAUUUGUCUUGAGAAAGAGAGGAGAAUCAGAUGGAGCUCAAAGGAAAGGCCGGAGGAAGAAUGGGAAGAUGAACUUAUCGAAAGACGAUGUUUUGUAUAUCGAUAACUGA